GGUAACCUAGUGACAGAUGAUGAAGAAAAGGCUGACGUAUCAAUGCCUUUUUUACCUCAGGCUUCACAGGCAAAGGUCAGCUCCUGGACUACUGUACCUGGCAAUACAGUUUGGGGAGAUGGUGAGCAGCUGACAGUGGAGAAAGAACAGGUUAGGAACUAUUUAGAAAAGCUGGAUGGGUAUAAGUCUAUGGGGCUAGAUAUGAUGCACCCAAGGGUGCAGAGGGAGCUGACCAAUGUGAUUGCAGAGCCUCUGGUCAUUCUUUUUGAAAACUUGUGGUGAUUGGGAUAAUUGGUAAAGGGUAAAUGAAGUGCCCAUCUUUAAGAAAGGGAAGAUAGAGGAUCCGGGGAACUACAGACCAGUCAGCCUCACCUCAGUCCCUGGAAAAAUCAUGGAGCAGGUCCUCAAGGAAUCCAUGUGAAAGUACUUGGAAGAGGUGGUGAUUAGGAACAGUCAGUAUGGAUUCACCAAGGAAUCAGCUGCUGGAUACACAGGGACCCACCUACCGCUAUUGGAGAUGAGGCCACAAGCACUGCACCAUCCUCUGCAGCACUUUCAGACCAUGUUGAAGACUAAAUUGAAUGUCCUAACUCUUCGAAAAGAGCCGCUUCCUACAGUGAUCUUCCAUGAACCAGAGGCCAUUGAGCUGUGCACCACAACUCCAUUAAUGAAGACCCGGACUCAUACUGGAUGCAAGGUUACAUAUUUGGGUAAGAUGUCCACAACAGGGAUGCCAUUUUUGUCAGGCUGCACAGAGAAACCCGUCAUUGAAUUAUGGAAGCAGCACACACUAGCCAGGGAAGAUAUUUACCCAGCUAAUGCCCUUCUGGAAAUUCGCCCCUUCCAAGUCUGGCUUCAUCAUCUGGACCUCAAAGGUGAGGCCACAGUCCACAUGGAUACCUUUCAGGUGGCACGUAUAGCCUACUGCACUGCCGACCACAACGUCAGCCCAAACAUCUUUGCUUGGGUUUAUAGGGAGAUCAAUGAUGACUUGUCCUACCAGAUGGACUGCCAUGCUGUAGAGUGUGAGAGCAAACUAGAGGCUAAGAAGCUAGCUCAUGCCAUGAUGGAAGCCUUUAAGAAGACUUUUCACAGCAUGAAGAGUGAUGGCCGAAUUCACAGGAAUAGUUCAUCUGAGGAAGUGUCUCAUGAAUUUGAAUCUGAUGAUGGCUGACUGAACUGGCUAUUGGUUCAGCAAAGGCAGAAGCGGCUUAGGGAGUAGGAUUUGAUAGAUAAAUAAGCAACAAUUGAAAUUGGGAAAGAAAAGACUGCCAAACACAUGGCUGACCAGCUUUUAAAAUCAAAAGAGGAAUUCAGUACUGAAAGAUAUUCAUUAUUGAAGUAAUUAUGUUUCAUUGAAAUCUGCUGCUGUUGUAAAUGUGAGAAAAAGCUUUUCCCCCAAUACUUCAUCUCUUUAACCCCUUCCCCAAUACCAACACUAUAGGGCCUGUUAUAGUUCAGGUAUAUACUUUAAGAUAGAUUCAUUCCAGUCUGCCUUAUAAAACUCAUCAAGCAGUUAUAAUAGUUGAUCCUAUGGGAUUCAUAGCUUGGAUCUGAUAUUGAUGCACAACAGCAAGUAGAACAGGAAAGCUCUAGGCUCCCAAAGAAUUUAUCCCUUUCCCUGACAUAUCGCAAAAUCCUUUGACCAUACAUAAGCUAAAACAACCAUUCAUAGCCUUUUAAGACUAACGGCCUGGCAUUCUGCAGUUAAUUCACAUUUCACAAUUUUUAAAAAAAUGCUUAUAUUUACACAUUAUAACAUAUGCUAUUUGUAUUUUACUUAUUUUACCUAUUUUCUUAAUGUGCCUGCAGCCAGUCAUCUCAUGUUUAGCACCGUUAGAUCCAGUUUCAGACUCUAUACUGCAGGAUACCAAAAAAGGGAAAAAUCCAUGAUGGCCAGUAAUACAGUGAACCAUCACUAUUAUCUGUUCAUUUUCAAACUCUGAUUUAUUCCAUAAGAUGUUGGGCCACUGCUAAGAGUUAAGUGACAUGUUUUUAAGACUCUUGGUCUUUUACCCGUUGAACUGUGAUUUAGGAUCAACCUCAGGUCUCAAGUGGUAUGAAAAUGAUAGUGUAAACUCCACAGCAGUCAACAUCCACCAAUUUAUUGCCAAUAAUUUGACAUAGCUGGUACUGCCUAUUCACAAAAUCUGGGGCUGUGUUACCAUAAAGAUCAAAGUUUCUUUGAUAGUUGAAAGACACUGGUCAUUUUGAGUCAGGUUUGAAAUGACUGUUUUGGCUGGGGAUCUCACAUUAAGAAUCCCUGCACCCUUCCUGCUCCACAGACAAAAAAAAUCAUAACUUGCAUAAAUGCAAGUAUUUAAUAAAACUCAGAUAAGAGGAGAAACUUGUUUCACUAAAUGUUUUUAAGGCCAAGAGCAGAUUAAUAGUUUGCAGGUAACGCUGCUCCUUUAUACAAUUUUAUUGUUAAUCAUGGUAAUGUUAGGGGCACUAGGGCACCUUACAGAAGCCUUAAAAGAAAGCUAAUGAAAGCAGAUAGGUAUAUGUUUGUGUUUUGUGUGUAUACGUAUAUUGUGUGUGAGAGUGUAUGUGUGCCUGUGUGUGUGUCCAGUGCAAAAGCAUGUAGAUUAAGCAUGGAGACAUAUUGAGGAGGACCCAGACCUCUUGAAAUAUGCUUGUUGCUUUACAACAUAUGUAAACUAUCCUCCAGCAUAAAUGCAUUCAUACUUUAAUAAAAAUAUGUUUGAGUUAAA